AUGGACGCCCCCACUGACGGAGACGCUAGACCCCGAUUCCUGGAGCGAAUCAUGGGGACACUUUUUUGCCUUGAAAGAUGGAAACCUCCCAUCGGUCCCUAUGUCGUUCCCCCUCUGGAUCAACAGAGGGAGGUUCCGGGGGUCACUGAGGAGGAGGUGGUCAGGGCCAUCAGGAAGAUUAAGAGACGUAAGGCUCCAGGACCUGAUGGCAUACCCGGCCGCGUACUCACCCUUGCCUCUGGGGUCAUCACGGGUAGUCUGGCCGAAUUAUUUUCGAUCGCCCUCGAGGAAGGCAAAUUCCCCCCCGUCUGGGGGAGGGCCAACGUGGUCCUCCUCCGUAAAGAGGGCAAGCCGGAGGGCACCCCCUACGCGUACCGCCCCAUGUGUCUCCUAGACGAGGCGGGCAAGGUCUUUGAGAGGAUCAUAGCUGCCCGUCUCACGGAGCAUAUGGCCCAGGUAGGUCCGAGCCUCGAUGAUGGCCAAUACGGCUUCCGAGAAGGUAGAUCCACAAUAGAUGCGAUUUCGCAUCUCAGAACCCUCUCGGAGGCCAUAGUGAGAGAGGGCAGGGUGGCAGUGGCAAUAUCUAUAGACAUAGCCAAUGAUGCCUUUAACACCCUGCCUUGGGGUAGCGUGGUGAGAGAGAUGAUGGAGCACUUUCGUUUCCCACGGUACCUCGUGGCCGUCAUCGGGGACUACUUCCGGGGUCGACGCCUCACUUGGACGAGCGCCGAUGGCGGUAUGAAGCCACCUCAGGCCCACCUACGGAUCGGCAGGGUCAGGGUUCCUGUCGAGGCCCAAAUGAGAUACCUGGGCCUCAUUCUGGACGGCACCUGGUGCUUCAAAGAGCACUUCAGCCGCCUGGCUCCCCGAUUAAAGGUUAUAUCAGCCAACUUGGGCAAAUUAAUGCCCAAUAUCGGGGGGCCGGACAUGAAGGGUGCGCCCAUCUGGGCGGAGGCCCGGGCGGCCAGUCAUCCGUUCUGCGCGGUAAUGCGCAGAGCACAGAGGACGGUGGCGAAUAGGGUCAUUAGGGCGUACCGUACGGUGUCCCACGUGGCGGCGACGGCCCUGGCGGGCAUGCCCCCUCUGAAGCUCCUUGCGUUGAUGUACAGAAACAUGUACAGGAAGAAAAAGGAGCUCCAGAGGAAUUUAAGGGCUGGCGAUUCGCUCGCCGGGGCGCUCAGGCGCGCGAAGCACCAGAGUCGGCAGCUCCUUCUCCAGCGCUGGAAUAGGCGUAUAAUAAACAGCAGGUAUGGGAGAAGGAGCGUCGAGGCCGUCCAGCCCUGCCUGGCCGAAUGGGCGGGCAGGGAGUCAGGAACCCUGACAUUCAGGACGACACAGGUGCUCAUCGGGCACGGUUGCUUUGGUGAGUACCUGUGUCGAAUCGGUAAGGAACGCACGACGCAGUGCCAUCAUUGCGGAAAUGACCACGACUCCGGGCAACACACCCUAGAGGCCUGCCCGACAUGGGCGGCUCAGCUCGUGGUCAGGGAGCUGGGUCCCGACCUCUCGCUCCCCAGUGUCAUCACUAAGAUGCUGGAGAGCGAGAGGAAGUGGGACACAAUCACUAAAUUCUGCGAAAAGGUGAUGUCGCAGAAAAAGGAGGCGGAGGAGCACCGCCGACUAAUGGAGGGAAGGAGGAAAGCACAGAGGAGGCGGCAACACCGCCGAAUUGAAAGACGCUCUCCCAGCAGAGAAGGAGAUGUUGACUCCUCUGAAGAGGAGGCUAUUCGGGUGGCUGGGAAGGCGUUGUCACCCACCCAGGGCACAGGAAAGAAGACAACAGAGGAAGAGAUUUUGAGGAAAUAUCCUCAUCUCUUGGACUCUGGGUCUUCCUCGGAUGGAGGAGAAGCAGAAAAUGAGGAAGAGGAGAGGGAUAUUGCUGAGGCGAUUAGGGAGGUAGAAGAGGAGUAG